AUGGCAAUUUCUAAAAGCAUUUUUCUUGUAAUUAUUGCUAUUGUGGCAACUUUGUUCUCUAUAGUUUUGGCUACACCAGGGACUGCAACAUUUUAUACUAGCUAUGUUCCCUCGGCGUGUUAUGGAAGCACACCCCAAGGCACAAUAAUAGCAGCAGCUAGUGAUCCUCUAUGGGAUGGUGGGAAAAUAUGUGGAAAAACAUUCAAUGUGACAUGUACUGGACCAACAAAUCCAGUGCCACACCCUUGCACUGGAAAGAGUAUUGUUGUGAAGAUUGUUGAUCAUUGUCCUGGAUGUGGUGGAACCCUAGAUCUCUCUAAAGAAGCUUUUUCAACCAUUGCUAAUCCUGUGGCCGGUGUUAUCAAGAUCGAUUAUGUCCAGUAA